UGGUGCUUCACUCCCUCUCUCCCCUCGGGCUGGCAGGCUUCCUCGGGCAGAGCAUGCAAGCGGUUCACACGCAGCAGACGCAGCAAGAGGAAAGAUGCAGAAGCACAGCCAGAAGGAGCACCUCUACAAGCUGCUCGUGAUUGGGGACCUGGGAGUGGGCAAAACCAGCAUCAUCAAACGCUAUGUCCACCAGAACUUCUCCCCCCACUACCGGGCCACCAUCGGGGUGGACUUCGCCUUGAAGGUGCUCAGCUGGGAUGCUGAGACUGUGGUCCGGCUGCAGCUCUGGGAUAUUGCUGGUCAGGAAAGGUUUGGAAAUAUGACCAGGGUCUAUUACAGAGAGGCCAUGGGGGCAUUUAUUGUCUUUGAUGUUACAAGACCUGCAACAUUUGAAGCAGUGACAAAAUGGAAAGAAGAUUUGGACUCUAAGUUGGUUCUUCCAAAUGGCAAACCUGUGCCGACAGUCCUCUUAGCAAACAAAUGCGACCAGGGAAUAGAUGUUCUUAUGAACAACGGCAUCAAGAUGGAUCAGUUCUGCAAAGAGAAUGGGUUCGUGGGCUGGUUUGAAACAUCAGCCAAGGAAAAUAUAAACAUCGAUGAAGCUUCCAGAUGCUUGGUGAAACACAUAAUUGCUAGUGAGAGUGAUCCAAUUCAGUCUAUCGAACCAGAUAUUAUAAAACCACACUUGAAUUCCUCCAAGAUUGUCAGUUGUUCGGCUUGCUUUAAAUCCUAAGAGACUUCCAGACUAUUACAAGAGUUGAACAAAUAUGAUUCACAGUGUAUGCUUUAUCCAACAUAUCCAGUCUGCCCAGAUUGUCCAUAAGCAGAUUGCAUUUUUCUCAAAAAUAUGAUGCUUAAUUUUUUUCCAUAAUUUUUUGACAGCUAAAAUUUAUUGUGAGCUGUUCUUUGAUAGAAACCAUUCAAAAUUGUACUUGGCUACCAGUCAGACAAAACACAUGGUGAUGGCUGGGCUUCCUGACUGGGUAGCACUGCCGCCAGUGAUGUCCAAACCUGUAUCUUUGCAAUGUGAUGUGUGAAAGUUCUCAUUUGCAGUGUGACUAAAGCAAUAUCCCACUUUUCUGUCACUCCUCCAGCCCUUGGUUUGGAGUUCUGUCAGAGAUCAUUCAGUACCCUGAUCUGGCAACCAUCAUCAUUGGGCUGUCUUUUCACCCUUCAUAUUUGAAUGAUCUGGUUUCAGAUGAGGAAGAUGAUGAUGAUGAUAAAAAUAUACCUGUUCAGGAGGAGGCAGCAAGAAUGGUCACUGUGAAACAUUCACAUGGUGGGUUCAGUCUCAUGGAUGAGGUGGUGGAGUUCAGCAGGGAGCAACCUUUCACAUUCUUCAGUGUUCCAGAAGAUCCCAGCCUAUGAGCUGAACACUGAUGUAGAUAUUAGUGGGGUUUGCUGCUUCUUUCUGAAGAGUUACAUUCUCACUGUUGUCAUCAUUGUCUUCAAAUGAAGCAAGAUCAACCAAGUCAGUCAAGGGUGAGAGGUGGCAAAACAGGGGAUCAGGGGUUCAGUCUCACAGGUGAAGCUGCUGAGAGCUUUCAAAAAGGUUAUCUGUUCCUGAAAGUCAGCAUCUCCUCCAAAUAACAAUCUCAGUGAGUUUGUUUCAGCCUUUCCAUCCUCCAUGCCACAUAUACUGUCCCUGUAUAUCUAAACUACGUGUAUUCCAUAAAUUCCUGCAUGCCUCUGUUCCAAAACAUUGAUUCUCAUGGGGAAAAUGGCUUCACUAUCCAUCAUAAUGCUAACUGCUGAGCUUUUCAGGAAUGCAUUCCUGUCAAAUACCAGGGUAUGGCUGUCUUUGCUUUCUGAGAACAUUCUUCUAAAAAAUACAAUUGUAUGAAUGAUUGUAGAAAGCAAAACCAAACAGUCUGGGGAAGAAACACUCCCAGAAUGUAUUUGCAGAAUUGGUUGAGCUGUAUUGUGGAAAUGCAAUGGUUGUUUUUUGCAUUUCACAAAAUAUGAAGGUUGGUGAAGUCAUUCAAACAAGUGUGUCUAGACAAGAAGUCUUGGCAUGUGGCUGCAAGUCGUUGCAAGACAAGCUUUGCUGUCUCCUGCCAUAGAUCUAUAGACAAAUCACUUCCAUUUUCUUGUUCCUGCUCAGCCUUUUCUCUCUUAAGCUGUGAACUUUCAGUGGCAGGAAGUGUCUUGGGUUUCUGCCUUUGGAGAUGUGUAACCUAGCAGAAGAGAAGGGGCAGAAUAGGACUUGCAGACAGCACUGUAAUAUUGCACUGAAUCUUAGUUGGAAAUGAAGGAGUAAAGCUCUCAAAGGCUAGUAAAUAGGCACUGGCUAGGAAAAAUAAAACAAAACAAAACAAAGCAAAAAAAUCCAGGGUGGCCUUAUCCUAUGAGACCUACAGAGUUUGUGUGUCAAAUUUAGUCUAUUGCUAAAUCAUCUGUUAAUAUAUAUCCACUACAGAGAAGAAACCAGGGGCAGAGACAUAGCCCUUUAAGUGCCCUGUUUAAAGCCUUAAAUUGUAAAUAUAUUUCUGUCAUAGAAUUUUAGGUAAAGAAAGAAAGCAAGACUUGUGCUUUUAAAAAUAAAAAGCAGAUCCAGAAUUAAGCCAUAUACACACAUAGGUGGAUGCAUAUAUACAUAUAUAUACACACACACACACGUACAGAUAAGAUGGCUUUUUCCAGGGAGAGAAAUUUUCAAGUUGUCUUGAUUGCAGUGUCAUCCUCAACACAGGCUCCUGCUGUGAUAUCAGUCAAAUAACUUAACCUUUCUGCCUCAGUUUCCUCAUCUGUUAAAUAGGGAUUGAUGUACACACCUACCUCACAGGGCUCCUUGAAAGUUGCUGUUGGCACAGUGCUUUGAAGAUACAUGUUAUACAAAUGCCAAGCUCUAUUACUGUUCAGAAUGAAAUAUGAGUGCCCUCUAGCAUGAAUACAUGGUGCUGUAAUGCCUUAAUGUUUUAGAUCUAUCCAGGGCUUGUCUGUGCUGCAACAAUUAGCUUCAAUUUUUCCACCUCAGUUGACCUAGUUCAGGUUAUAAAGCAAUGUGUGACUGGAUAGGAUGAUUAGAUUAGCUGCAGAUGAACUGCAAACAGAAACUGUUGCUGCACGGAUGUCAUGCUACUAGUUUAAUAAUCUCAGCAGCAAAGCUUCAGUGCAGCCCUAGUACCAGAUCAGCUAUUUCAAAUUUAAAGCACUAUUUAAGUCAAGUGGUAUGGAUGCUUUAUCAAGGAUAACACUUAAUUUAUACCUUGAGCCAACAUUGUGGGCAUCACAAGAACCUAGACAUUUAGAUUACUUUUAAAGGGUUAGGUUUCAUGAGCUGAAUCUUAGACCAUGCUUUAUAAAACUGGAUGCCUCAGGUGGAGCAGAGGAAGUUGUCAUUUCUCCCAAAUAUUAGUAUGUACUCAACUUGCACCAAAUAUAGCAGGUGUUAAUGGGUUUUAGUUGUCUUCAGAUCAUUUGCUUUGAUAGCUUCUAGUCAACAUUCAUUAAACAUAUUGAUAACUUCCACUCAUAAGUGUUUCUACAAGAUCUAUGGCUAAAGAUUUGGAAUAACAGUAAUUAAAAAGAAAUAUAAAUAAAACACUUAAAGGACACUUAGGGGUUUUUUUCUUUAAUGUAUUGUAUAAACCUCCCUUAAGCUAUAAAGUCACCAUCUGUUCUCCAUAUUUCUUUCAUGUCACCUUUCACUACAGUAAAGGUUUUGAGCCUGAUUUUCCACCUCUGAUAGCCAGUGGGCAGAAAGGGCAGUCUAAGGCAGUCUUAGCCUAGAAGACUAAGGAUUGUAUGAGGUGUAAAGAUCUGAAGUCAAACAUAUUUAUACCAUAAGAAUUAGAAGAAUAUCAUGAAGAAUUAGGCCUCUGUAGGAUGUUGCACAAUCCCAAAUGUUCAUUUUCAUUUGUACUGAAGUGAUAAGAACCUGUCAAGUCUCUUGCUAUAAUGCAAUAAAUGUGUGAAUGCCACCUGUGUAUCUAGUAAACAGAGCGCCUUCAUGAAGGGGUUGUCCUAGGCAGUCCAGAAUGAAAGCUUUAAUUUAGAAUUAAUGAGCACACUUUGUGCCGAAACCCUUUCAGGAAGAAAUGUAAAAUUUAAUUAUACUGUAUCAGUCUCUAAUAGGUUGGAUUUCGUUGUAUUUUAUGGUUACAUUCCAUAUUAUCUUUGCUGGUCAUUAGGGACCAGAUGUUUUAACUGCACAGCCGUUUCAACAUGAGACAUUUCCCUCUUCUGCUUAAAAUAAAUAAUACAAGGCAUGAGUCACUAUGGCCUUCCUUGUGGGGAAAAGAUAUUGCAAAGUGUAUUUGAAAUUAUUCUUCAUCCUAGCCCUCCACAAAAUCCUCUCUGGGGUGUCCCAGCAGCCAGGGCCACAGGCUGGUGCACACAUGAGGUGCCAGGCAGUGAGGGACCAGUUCUAAACACUCAUGAAAAAUGGUGUUUGAACAUCUCCACUCCAAGGCUUCGUUUACCAACUCAGCCACAACACCAGCAGUGAUAGGGACGUCUGUUUUACUUUCCAUCUUUGAUGCUCUAAACAAACAAAAUUUGAUAGUCUUAAACUCCUUGGAAAGCAUGUGAAAAUUAUUGGCUUCCCUUUUCAGACCAGAAAACAGUUGGAGUGAAAGGUAAAUUCUGCUCUAUUAUGGCAGAAAGGUCAUAAUUUAUUUGAUUAGCUUGAGCUUUCAGUGGAAAGCCAUUUGGACUCUCUGAAAAUCAGGCUUUGUUCUUCUUAUACACCAGAUUUUGGGUUAUAAAUUUCAUUGAACUUUUCUAUUCAGGAAUCAGCUAGUUCCCAACAGUACCUUGUGUAUGCAGCCUGGCUUGUUAGACAUCAAUAUUUUGUUUUCAGAACCCUUUUUUGCUUCAAUUUUAAUCUACCUGACCAUUUAAAGGGGGGAGGGAGGGAUAAGGGGCAUGUUUAAAUAGCAGUUUUAUUUUUACUUCUUAAAACAGCUUGUGAAUCUGGAUGGAGUGAAAUUGAUAAAUACAUGCGGGAAACAUGAUUUUAUGGCAAUUGCCAGUAAAUAGUCGAAGAAAAUAUAUUUUACUGCACCAGUAUUUAUGCAUGUGUCCAAAGGUUCUGUUGUAAUAAAAAGAUGAUACUUCUGAUGAAA